UUUCAUGAAAUACUCAAAGUUUGAUUAAUUUUAAGAAAAAUAUUUGGCCUUCUCUGCUGGAAGGAGCUUGUAUAAUUAAAACACUGCCAAGAGAGGCUCACCUUUCAGAGGCUGGGAAUUGCUGAGGAGAUAGAUACUUACGUUAUGGGAGUGAAAGUGCCGGCUGUGCCCUCUGCUUGCAGAAAAUUUGAGCCCUACCAGGGCUAGACAGUCAGCAAAGUGGGGAGAUGCAGAGAUCAUCCCCUGCUGCCCACUGCCCCCUUUGUGUAGAGCAUCUUGGAGCCAGAUGAGCGCCUUCAGGCCUAGAUCACACAUAGAGGAGUGAAUGGACCACUUGAAACAACCAUGAGAACCACUGUGGUCAUGCCUGUGCCAAGAGCUGCUGACGUGUGCCACCCUCUGAACUGUGCCUGGGAGCUGCCUACCUUGCAGUGUCUGUUCUGCCUGUUCUGCCCACUCACAACAGGACCUCCAGCUGGGCCUAGUGGCCAGGGAAGCUGACCACAAUAUCCCUGUUUUGGUGUCUGGAAAGGUUUUGUAACCGGAAAAAAAUGUGUGCUCAAGCCUUUCCCAGUUAUGCUGCUCAGCUCUCUCCGACCCCAACCCCUUCAGGACCCAGUGCCAGGGAUCCACUCCCAACCCAGACCGCCUGCUCCUCCUCUUGGCCUCUGGGCCUUGCAUCAGGUGCCCCCUGCCAGGGCACUGCUCCUCUUGGACACGCAUUCUAGUCCAUUUUCCCAGACUUCCUCUUGUAGGAAUUUUGGCCAUCCCACAGCUGGGCUAGGAGUCUCGAAACCAUGCCCCAGCUCUCCCAGCCCCUCCCAUGCUCUUAUUUUUUCCUGUUGCUGGCCCCAUGCGCCCUUCUCCUUGAAUUGGUGUCUUUUCCUAUAAGUGGGUUUUCUACUCCAUGUUUCUCCCUAGGUUUACCGCCCACUUCCUGCAGCUGCUCCCCCAGCCUGGACCUGGGUUUGCCUUUUCAACAGGUGCUUUUAAGUCAUGAGAUGCCGUGGUCUCAAAAUCAAGCCUGUGUCGGAAUCAUUCUGGUUACUUAUCAGUGUGUUGAAUCCCAAGCCACACCCCCACCCCCAAGAGGUCUAAGGAGACGAAGGUGAGCCUGGGAAUUGGCAUGUUUAAUAAAUACACUCCAGCACCCACCCAUCUGCUGGCAGCUUUAGGCAGGUGGUCCAGGGGUCCUUUUGGAGAAUACCGUGCAGCAGCCACUCCAGUGGGAAGUCCGAAGCAGCCUUUCUGCCGUGGUCUGGCGCAUGGAGGUUUACUGAAUACUUCAUGAGUGAACGGAUAACAGAUAUGAGAAGAUGAGGAUGGCAUGUGGAAGUGUUCUGGCCACUCAGGAAAUAAAGGAACAAGAUUCAAGUCGUUAGAAGCCCCUCACAGAAAACCCUAAUAAGGAAAGGCACAGAAGCUUCCAGAUUAAGUAAUAAUCAUUUAUAGUCAUUUAAUCUAGUAAUUAGAAUAAUCUAUGUGUUAGAUUUCAAAAGUUUUAAGUGGCAGCCCAGUGACCAAUCCAGCCUGGCAGACGUUUGGUUUAGCCAACAGUGCUUUAACGAGGUCUGACCCAACAUUUUAAACUUGGGAGAUAUCACAUAGAAAUCUAGACUUUUUGCCUGGCUUGGGAAAGUUAGGAGUCCUGCAAUAAUGGACCUGCAUUUCAUUCAUAGCAGUUAUUGGUGGGAGCUGCCAUCACUGCAUGCUUAGGAUGCAGUAAGCUCCACCCAGUUUGCCGCAGUCCGCAGCACUCCCACAGUGUGGAUGUGGGCACACACAGCUGGUAUUACAGGACUUGGGGACCCAGCUGGCUCCUGGAGGGGCUCUGUGACUUCAGGUAUAUGAACACCGAUCCCGAGGGUAAUUUUUGUCCCAUCUGUUUUUCUAAUUUAACAAAAUUAUCUCCAUCUUACAAGAAAGAGGAUCAGAGGGGUGUCAUGAACCCAAUAGCUACUGGGCUGAGAUUCAAACCCAGGCCUGCCUGGAAACCUGGGCUUUUUAAUUCUCAGCCAGACUCUGUCUCACUGCCUCGCUUCCCACCCUUUCGUCCAGAACACCUCUCCCUCAGAGUGUCCCCUGCGUACUUUGCCUGAAGGACACUGUAACUUCCUUGUUACCUCACAGCUCAGUCACAAGUGGGCUGAGAGCAGAGCAUGGCCCAGCCUGCCAGGUCCCCUGGGGCAGCCCUGCCAGCCCAGCCCAGGCUGGCCCAGCUUAGCCACACAUGCACCAUGAGGUGCCCUUUGAUGCCACUGGUGAACGACCUCACAUUUUCUUUCCUGGUUUUCUGGUUCUGCCUCCCUGUGGGUUUGCUGUUCUUAUUGAUCGUCUGGCUACGCUUCUUACUUAGCCAAGAUUCAGAGGAAAAUGACUCCGAUGUAUGCUUGGAUUGGGAGCCCUGGAGCAAAGGCCCGGCUGAGUUUUGCUGGAAGGGGACACUCCACGGCCAAGAGAAGGAGAGGCCCUGCUGGUGA